AUGGAUGAAGCAGACCAGUCACCGCCAAAAGAGCAGCGAGUCAUAGAACCCGAAGCACAGUCAAGAAUGGGCGCGCUUUCUCCACAAUCACCAUUCAUGGAUCGCACAAACCACUCGGUCGACUUGAUGACGGACAGAGACACUAUCACGCCGUAUUCCAAUGCCGUGACUGCAUCACCACUUGACGCCAUGGAGGCUAAAGAUAACGACCGCGCAUCAUCAAACGACACGGAAACGCUCGAGACUAGUGGAGAUGCGGGUGCAGAUAUCGAUGAAGGUGUAUGGCACGAACGCGCGCCCUGGGUUGCACCACCGUCACCCAGCCCGAAUCCCCUCAUAGGCCUUGCCGACCCACCUGAAUUCCAUCUAGACUCAACACCAAUACAGGAAGCAGCGAAUAGCUCUUCCUCGCCAAUGCAUGCAGAGUCACUCCCAGUACCUCCGCGUCGUCUGUCUUCCCUCUUGAACAAGGCUGUAAACUACUUCAGCAGCUGCAUCGGCGGCUACUUCACAUCUGCGCCCGGCGUGGUCGAGUACUCCGGUGAGGAUAUUUUGCGCAAUACCCAAAUCGGUAUUGAGGCGGAGGAGAUUCUAUUUCCAGACAAGGCUGCCAUAAUCAGGAUUGUAGCUAUCGUCACCGAUAGCUCCGGCGCAAGCAGAGAAAAAGAUGAGAAAUACGAGGCAGUAGAGAGGCGUGUGGAGUUACGGGCAAAGCCUAAGCGAGUGAAGGAAAUUUUGAGAGGGGAGAGAUAUUACAUUGCGGAAGAUUUCUAUAGGAAGGAAAUUCGGCUCGCGUUUAAAGCUUUAGGGAAAUUGUGA